CAGACUAUAAAAGAGCAGAAGUUGGAAGUAGGAAUCAGACAUGAAGAUGAAGGUCCAGGUGAGAUCUCUUAUCCUGCUCGCUGUGGCUGUCCUGCAGGUCAGAUCUCAGAACCAGACUGAGACCAAAUAUGAAGACAUCAUCUCAGUUGCUUUGCCUCAGCUACUUCCUGGGGAAGAGCAGGCUUUCCGUCCAAUUCUGAACCAGCUCCAAGUUGAGACUUUGAAUACAGAGGAUGUGGACCAGUCUGAGGUGUCUGUAAGGCUGACCUUCCCCAUGCAGGAGACUUUCUGCAGUAAAUCACAGGGGCAGCCAGGCAAACCAUGCCCUCUGAAGAAAAAUGGGAAACUAAUGAUGUGCAGCAUGAAGGUCAGACAUCCGAUUCUGGAGGCUAGCAACAACCUGAACACUGACCUGUCUACAUUUGUUUGUGAAUCCAUGGACGCAGAAGAUGCUUUGCAGAAGAUUCAGACAAGAAGAAGCAAAGACAGAAAAUGCUCCAGAGGCAAAAAUUGUGGCUCUCGUCCUGGGGGUGGCUCCUUAAUUGGUCGUCCUGGGGGUGGCUCCUUAAUUGGUCGUCCUGGGGGUGGCUCCUUAAUUGGUCGUCCUGGGGGUGGCUCCUUAAUUGGUCGUCCUGGGGUUGGCUCUCCUCCUGGGGGUGACUCUUUCAAUGAUGAAUUUAUCAGAGAUCACAGUGAUGGAAAUCGCUUUGCAUAGAUCAGCACGCUACAACCUCUGGAUAACUGCAAAGAACCCAUCUAUCAAAGAAAUGUCAUAAGGUUAUUGAUCUUUUUUUUUGUAUCAACGUACCGUACCUACUCAUACAUGCCAAUUGUUGAAUAUUAUGAAAAUUACUUCUAGAUUAUGUUUACGCCAAUAAACUGCAAAAUAAGUUUACAAAAGAUAAUGUCUGUAAAAUGUGUUAUUUAUUUCAUGUUUCAUAGCAGUUCAGGAAUUCAGUUUUUUCAAUGUUUUUGUGUUUAUUGUUCAUUAUGCUGUUUCAAAUAAAUAUCACUCAGGCACUCAGGGAAGAGGCUGGAUAGAACAGAAUGUU